UAAAUGUUUCACGCUUUCAUUCAUCGCUCCGCUCGCUGCUUCCCACUUACACUCGCUCCAUCUCUACAAUUCCUUCCGAGAGAGCAAUUCUUCGUUCUUCAUCGCGUCGCGUUAGGGUAAUUACUGAGAAUGGAAGAGGAAGCAGGAAACGGAGUGUUUCGGAAACGCAUGAGACCAUCUGAUGAAGAGGAAGAAAAAGAAGGAGAUGGAAUGAGCGUUGAUGAUACACUUGGGAAUGAGACGACGAAACUUGUUGCUUCUGAUGAGAUGGAACUUCGCAUUUCUCAAAUUCUCGACAAGAUUGAGAGCUUCACUCAGACUGUUUCUAAUCUGCUGGAGUCAGGAAAGACAAUGUUCAAGGAACUAAGUAACGAAUUCGAAGAACGCUUGAUCAUGAUACACAAGGAACAUGUUGAGAAAUGGCAGGAAGAGAUCAAGGAGUUGCGUUUGCUUGAUGCAUCUAACGAGGAGACUACUUCCCUCUUACACAACGCUCGUUUUCUCAUUCACAAUCCUAACAUUGAGGCUUGAUGAGGUCUUGAAGGAAACAAGCAUCAUGAACCUUCUCAGAUUAAUUACUACGAGACCAACCAAUUCAAAUUUUUAACCUGAUACUCAGUCACGAUUAUUUAAGAAAUUAGACUUAGUAUCUGCAUAAUAUGCAUAUUGCUCUCUUUAGUCAACCGAAUCUUCAGAAAGAAUAAUACUAUUAGCAUAUUUCUAGUUCCAUCCAAAAUCCAGUAACUUCCCAUCCUCUUUACAGAUCUUUAAUGUUGUUUUAACUCUCUACUGCUUUAAGGAAAUUGUAUACAACCUCAUUUUACUGGCCGUACUACUAGUUUGUGAUCAUCUUCUACAUGUUUAGCUCUAAGUUCU